AUGAAUAAUACAACAAUUGGUUAUAAAAAUUUACAUAUUGAUAUUUAUUGUUUAUCAUCAUCACUUACAUUUUUUUUUGAAAUUGUCGAUGAAAAAGUAAUUGAUACAAAAGAAUUUCGAGAAUUUGAAAAAAAUUGUAUUGUUUCAUCAUUAAACCAAUGGAUACCAACAACCACCAUAGAUUUUGAGUAUUUCAUGUCAAAUUUAGAAACCGAAAAUUCAUAUAAACCAUUGGGUGACCAAUUAUUGACUUAUACAUUACAAGAAGAAGAAUCUUCUCCUUAUUUUAUUGAUUAUCAAAAUUGGUUUAUUUAUCUUCUUUAUCAACAAUAUCAAAAUGAUAAUAAUCAAAUAUGUUAUGCACCGAUUGGAUUUACUAAAGUUUAUCUUCAUUAUACUUAUUCCAAUAAAAAACGACCAAAAAUUAGUCAAAUGUUAAUUUUACCACCAUAUCAAAGAAAAGGUCAUGGUCGACGUCUUUUGAAAUCUAUUUAUAAUGAUUUACGAAAUGAUUCUCGCGUUCAAGAUAUUACAGGUAUUCGAAAUUUUUCUAAAAGAAAGGGUCAAGAGAUAAUAUCUUAUUUUAAAAAAAAGGAUAAAUUUAUUGCAUUACGUGAUCUUGUUUCACUUGAAUUAUGUCAUACAUAUUUACCUGAUUUAUUUUCAAAAGAAUCAAUUAAUAAAGUAAAUCGGUUAACAAAAGAAAUGAUUGAUAAAGCACAAGAACAACAAACACGACGUGUUUAUGAAAUGUAUUUUCUUCGAUCAAUUAAUCAAAAUGAUGAUGAACAAAUGAAACGCUUUCGAUUAAUUGUUAAACAACGUCUUUUUCAUUCAAUACAAUCUAAUAAACAUCCUGAUCUUCAAAUAACAAAUCUAGAAAUUCGAAAAAUUUAUUUAAUUACUCAAUAUGAAAAUGUUCUUCAACAUUACGAAUAUAUUCUUGAAACAUUUGACAAACAUUAUUAUAAUUAA